AAGCCAACUGGCCCGGGUGGAAGGCAUUCAACACGCGUUAUAUGCAGAUGACAUUACAAUUUGGACCACUGAGGGGAGCCUGGGGGACAUGGAGGCCCGCCUUCAGCAGGCCGCUUCCAUAGUCGAUGCGUAUGCUAUGGACUGUGGGCUCCAAUGCGCUCCAGCGAAAUCAGAGCUUCUGCAUGUCAGAGCGAACCCAAAGGAUAGGACAGCAAUUCACAUCUCUCUGUCAGGAGGUCCUAUUAGAGAGGUGGAGGAGCUCCGUAUUCUGGGCCUUUUCAUUCACCACAGACUCAGACCGGACUCCACCAUUGUGAAACUCAAGAGAGUAGGCGAAUAGGUAGGGCGUAUGAUCCGCCGCGUUUCCAACAAGCGGGGCGGUCUGCGGGGCAGGGACGCGCUUCGGCUCGUCUAUGCCUUCGUGACUAGCCGGAUCCUCUACGCCGUGCCAUAUCUCCGCACUACUAAGCAAGACGAGGCGCGAAUAGACGCCAUCAUCCGCAAGGCAACUAAGCGAGCCCUGGAUCUCCCGGUGGCUACCUCUAAUGCCAAACUGAAGGCAUUGGGGGUGCUAAACUCCUACCAGGAGCUGAGGGAGGCCCACCUCGUGAACCAGUACACCCGGCUCAUGCAGACGGCCCCUGGGCGCCGCCUGCUAAACCGCUUACACAUCCAACACGACUGCACUCCAGAGGAGACGGAGCGUAUCCCAGUACUGUGGCGCCAUAUGCUCAGGGUCUCCCCACUCCCCCGUAACAUGGACACCGACAUGCACGAAAACAGACGACAAGCGCGGGCUCGCGCUCUUGAGAGACAACACGGCUCCCGACCCGGUGUAUAUUAUGUAGACGUAGCAGGGCCGUCGCCCACGGGAUUUUACACGGCCGCUGUUGUUCACCAGGAAAUGCACGUCGAUGGACUCUCUUUUCGAGCCCCGAAUUCAAUGCGAGCCGAGGAAGUAGCGAUAGCGCUUGCUGCCGCCCACGCCAAUUCGAGAAUCAUCAUUACGGACUCCCGAAAAGCAUGUGAUCAUUACUUGGCUGGGGAGAUCUCCCCAUUAGCUGCUUGCAUUCUAAGACGGACUGCCACUGAUCCAACACCGAAAAGAAUCAUUUGGGCUCCUGGCCAUCAGGGCGUACGAGGUAAUGAGGCCGCUGACGCGGCUGCCCGAGCGCUUAUUUACCGGGCUCCUCAUCCCAGCUCUUCUGGCUCGGAGACUAAGCAGCCGCUGCUGCGAUUCAGGGAAAUAAUAACGCAUUAUAGCGACAACCACCGCCUUUUCCCAGCCCCUGCCAAGGGGCUGAGUAAGACGGAGGAGCGAACUUUAAGGCGCCUGCAGACAGGUACUCUGCUCUGUCCUGCAAUCUUAAAGCAUUACGAUCCUAACACGGAUGGGCGAUGCCCGCACUGUGGGGAGACCUGUGAUAUCUUCCACAUGGUGUGGGCAUGUACUCAAAAUCCCCACCUCCCCCCUUCCCCUACCCCUUCCAGAGAGGCAUGGGAGACUGCCCUCCUCAACUGCUCCUCGCUUGAGUCCCAAAGGGCUCUGGUGAAACGGGCGAGAGACGGGGCAUUGUCAUGCGAUGUCCCGGACUAGGGACGCCGACCAUGUAGCGGGGCCACUCUGUGGCUCCCAAACUCUCUUGCAGCAAUUAAAAGUUUUCACCACCACCAACACAGAUGCUCGCUUGUCCGGCGAGCGGGGCCGCUCAAGAUCGAGGCACCGCGGUCGCCUGUCGUCACGAUCGCGAGGACGCUCCAGGAACCCGAGCCAGAGAUCCUCGUCAAGAAGACGAUUCGCCCACAGCCCACGAGUUGGCGGUAAUCAUCGGUUGACGUGGGCCCAACGAGUUCAGCAGCACCAACAACAGGAGCGACAAGAACAGCAGCACCAACAGCAGGCCGCCAGCCAGGUGAGUCCGAUGGCACGGCCAGAGCAAGUAGAAAUAGCAAAUACGAUUAAAAGACUAGAACACGAAAACAAAGAGUUAAGGCAAACAAUCACACAACUCGUCGAGGAAAUCAGACAACUCAAAACGCCACCACCCUCCGACUCUAAUCGAACCGAAGCCACAUCAGAACCGAUGGUACUAGAAGUACCGGUCGAGGAAUCCACGCGCAAUCCACAUAAGAGAAGAGCCAUGGCAAACACACAUCCAUUGAGCACGGACAGUGACAUUAAGGAAAUCAAGGAACUGCUCGGCGGGCUUACAACUACCAUCGCGUCACUGCAGGAAGGGCAAGACAAACUUGCGACGACUGUAGGGACCCUCAAGGAAGAUUACGACAGGAUAACGUUACAAAUCAAUCACAUGAUGGAGACGAUCAACAUGCAUGGGGCAAGGCUCAACACGCUAGAAAUGGCAGACCACCCGUCUGUGACGUCACAGUCUACUCGGGCGUUAUCGCUCGAUAGACAAAGCAACAACGUGGCCUCACAAAGGCCACCCCACGCAAACAACAAAGAUGGCUGUGCAAACUGAAACUUUUCGCCUUUGGCAAUGGAAUUGUAGGGGCUACGUCCGCAAAAAGGCCCCCCUGCAACAAUACAUUCGAGCCAAAAAAGACAAACCCCAAGUCAUUCUCCUACAAGA